UUAUAUAAUAUGAGAGAGAUGAUGAUACACGCACGCACGCACAUAAUGACUGCCUAAUAAAUUACAUUCAGUCCUUUUCUUUCUAGUCUUUUCCACUUCCCUUCACCGCCCGCCUUUCAUUUCCCAGGUAGAGUAGUGGACUAUCUCUUCUUUCCAACCUUAAAGCACUCAUCUCUGAUUUCAUUUUCUCCUCCUUUCUUACUUCAUAUCUAAGAACACUAAUGUGGGUUCGUUUUCCUCCAUUUCCUAUUGUAAUCUUCAUAGAGUCUGAUUGAAAAAUUAGAAUCAACAGCAGAGUAUUGGGAUGGUGAAGAACAAUCACAAAAAAUUCAUGGUGAGUCCGAUGGUUGGAAUAGGGAACCAUGAUUUGGGUCCGCCAUGGUUGAAACCAAUGUUGAGAGCCAAUUACUUCCUCCCCUGCUCAGUUCAUGUAUAUUCCAAUAAAAAUGAAUGCAAUAUGUUUUGCUUGGAUUGCCCAACUGAUGCUCUCUGUUCGUACUGUUUGAUCAAUCACAAAGAUCAUGAUGUCCUUCAGAUUAGGCGAUCUUCGUACCAUAAUGUGGUGAGGAUUAAUGAGAUUCAAAAGUACAUUGACAUUUCUUGCAUUCAGACUUACAUCAUCAACGGUGCAAAGAUUGUUUUUCUGAAUGAGAGGCCUCAGCCAAGGCCCGGAAAAGGGGUCACUAACACUUGUGAGAUCUGUUGCCGAAGCCUGCCUGACUCCUACAGGUUCUGUUCUCUUGGUUGUAAGCUUGAAGGUAUGAAGAGGGGUGAUACAGAGUUGACAUUCAAGGUGAAACGCAAUUGGGAUGGUGGAGUUGAAUCAGACGAGUCAUCGCCCCUGAAGAAGAAGAUGCGGAAGAACCAUGUUUUCAACCGCAUGAUUAAUGGACCAACAUUUUGCUGUGAUGAUGAUGAUGGUGGGUGUGACAAGGCGUCCUACUCCACUAGUGAUGAUGUCAGCAACACCAUUUCGCCUUCCACUCCACCCAUCCUUAGCCACCGGAAUUCCAACAGGAGAAAAGGCAUUCCUCAUCGCUCCCCAUUUAGAUGAAACCAGCCCCAAUCACAAUACUUUUAUAUACAUACAUAUAUAGUUCAGUAUAUGUAAAUCCAAAGUACAUAUGUCUAUAUAUGUAUAUGUAUAUAUGUACAGGGAAGUACUUGUAGCAAAAUUAUGAAUGUAUAGAAUAUAAAUUAAAUAGAAGAAUGACAGGGGAAUGGGGAUGUCUAUAUAAUUUGCGAAUAAAGUAAUGAUAUAGGCUUGGUUUCUCGUGUAAAUAUAAAAUAAGUAGUGUGUUUGCUUUUAGCUUUUCAUUUCUGAGUGUAGCAUUGCUAGUACGUAUUCUUCAUAACCAAAUUAGAGAUGAUGGAAUGUAUAAUUAUUUAUUACAAGUAGUGUCUCAUGAGACUUGGGCUUUUGGAGGUGUUAGAGAAGAUUAGCAAUUGUGUAGUUACACUGCAGCACAUGUAUAAUGAACUUGUUUUCA